UCCUUUCCCUGCCACCUUUUAAAAUCGCCGCCCGUCCUCUCACCAUCUCUCCAUAACAAAUCUCGUAAGUCAGAGUCCUCCACACUCUCUUUAUACGCACUCCUCCAUGGCAAGUUCAGAUGAGGAGCACAAAUCAACCUCCCGUGCCCCUUAUCCGAAGUGGAUACUUGCAGCGAUCUCUGCGCUUGGGGAGAAGGAGGGGUCCAAUAAGUCCGAUAUUUCUAAGUUCAUCGAGACUACUUACAGUGAUGUCUUACCGGAGGGACAUGAGGCGGCUCUUUCAGACGCGCUUUCGAAGAUGAAGGAGAGCGGUGAGCUUCUGUUUGUUAAAAACAACUACUUGAAGCCGGAUCCCAGCUCCACUCCUCGUCGUGGUCGCGGACGACCACCGAAGCCCAAACAGCCGUUGCCGCCUGGCGUUUCGCCGCCG